AUGGCGAGGAUCCGCGUGGAUCGGCGCAGCACCGGCUCCGCGGGACGCCCCGCGGGCGCAGCAACGCGGUGGCCGGACAGCACCCAGAGGGCGGAGUCCCGAGUUGCUUGGCGUGCGGCCUCGUUGGGCCUGCGUGGCGCGCAAAUCCUCCGAGGCGGGGACGUAUCCGUGACCGCCGUCGGGAGGAUCGACCUGUGUGGAUCUCGGCAGGAGAAGAACGACCUCGUGAAGCACCGGGACAUGCUCUCGGGGCAGGUCGGGCAGCUGCAGACGCAGAACUCCGACCUCGGCCUGAAGGUGCAGAAGCUCGAGGCGGAGCGCGCGGCGAGCAGCAGCAACCUGCUGCAGCUGCAGGAAGAGCUUCAGAAGCUGCUGGACGACAAUGAGCAGCAGUUGAAGAAGAAAGACAAGGUGGAGAAGGAGAUGAAGGAAGUCAGGAACACGAUUGAGCUGACGCAGAACGAGAUCAACGCGAAGAAGGAGGUGCUCAACCGCAGCGAGGAGGCCCUUGCCCAACUCGAGAGCCAGGUGAAGGAGGAAAAGGCGAACAUCGAGGCACUGAACGCCAGGCAUGACGCUCUGGAGAAGCAGAACGCGAUGCUCAAGAAGAACGGCCGAGACCUGGAGGAGCACCACAGGAAGACGCUCCAAGAGAACACGGAGCUCAAGGCGACGCUCCAGGGGCGGCAGCAGGACCUGGACUCGCUGAACGCGUCUAAGCAGAAGGUCGACAAGGCGUUCGAGAUUCUCACGAGGAAGAAGGAGAUCGGGGACCGCGAGAGGCAGAAGGUCGUGGCCUCCAAGGACGCGCUGAAGGCGGACAUAGACGCCCUGCGCACAGACCUGGGGGGGAUGGCGACAGGCUGCCGAGGGCACAGCGCAAGGGGUGCCUUCUGCGAGCUCGCUGCCGCCGGCAGGGCCAGCGCCUCCCCGGGGAUGCACGCCGCGAGCCAGGAGAUCAUGGCGUCGGGGGUCUGGUCUUCGGGGCCGGCCCUGGCGGGGCCACGAAUCAUGAAGAUGUUUGCCCGAGGCCUCUGCAACUGCUUCCCCGCGCCCUUACCGUACGCCCUCGCCGUGGAGUUCGGCUCUGCCCCCGCCUCGCUGGCGGGCCAUGCUCAGAAGCGGAAGAAGGACGUACGCGUGCAUCCGGCGACCGAGGACCGGGACCGCUGGGUCGACGGGCUGCUCACGUACUGGUUCCGCGGGAGGAUACGGAUCUUCUCCGACCCCCGCAACACGCUGACCAGCGGAGUCGGCACCGGGCUGUGGAGCGCCGGGGAGGUGCUCGCGGACUACUUCCUGGCGCGCCCGGGGCUGUGCCGGGGCGCGUGCCUCGAGCUCGGGGCUGGCAUCGGCGUGGUCGGGCUGUCGCUGGCCUGCCUCGGGGCCGACCCGGUGGUGCUCACGGACGUCGGAAGGCAGAUGCCGCUCACGCGCCGGAACGCCGAGGAGAACUUCCGAGGCAGGGUGCACUGCGAGACUCUGGACUGGACGGUGCCCGAGCAGCGGGAGGGCCUGUCCGCCUGGCGGGGGACCUGGUCCCUGAUCGUGGCCUCGGACGUCGGCUACGACGCCGACCUGCACGAGCCGCUGCUGCAGACCCUGCUGGCGCAGUGCGGCGCCGAGACCGUGGUGUACCUCGCACUGGCAGACCGCCAGGAGGAGGAGGAGCCGAACGUGGCCGACUUCCUCGAGGCCCUGGGCGGGCGGUUCGAGUGGGAGCAGGCGCACGAGCGGCAGCUGGAGCCCUUCCAGAGCGUGACGAAGGUCCUCCGGCUAAGGCCGACCCCGGCAUCGUUGACCUGCGCGGGCAAGCGCAAGCGCGAUGCCGAAGCCGCGCCGGUGGCGAGAGACACUGUGGCCGAGCGGCCCGACGCGUGA